AUGGACACCAGCAAAGAGAAAAUACGCCAUAUUUUACAGUUUUUCUUCGAUAAAGGCGAAAACGCAAGCCAGGCGGCUGAAAAUGUAAAUAGUGUUUAUGGUUCUGAUACUAUAAUAGCUAAUCACGCGCAAUUUUGGUUUCGUCGAUUCCGUUCCGGUAAUUUUAAUAUCAAAGAUGCACCACGCUCUGGAAGGCCAAUUGUCGAAAAUAUCGAUAAAAUAAUGGAAAUCAUCGAAUCCGACCGUCAUGUAAGCACUGUUUCAAUUGCCCAGGAGCUAAACAUUGCACAAAAAACGGUUUGGAACCACUUGAAUAAGGCUGGAUACAAAAAGAAGCUCGAUGUAUGGGUGCCAAACGAGUUAACGCAAAAAAACCUCAUGGACCGAAUUUCCAUCUGCGAAUCGCUGCUGAAUCGCAACAAAAUCAACCCAUUUCUGAAGCGGAUGGUGACUGGUGAUGAAAAGUGAUAAUAAGUCAUUUUUCAUAUGAAACAAUAAUUAACAGGAGA